AAAAAAAACAGAAAAGAAAAAAAAAAAAACACGGUACCGUUGUCACGAGGGGGUGAGCAGGCUGCACGGUUUGAAUAGGGAAGUUGAAGGAGCGCAGCUCUCGCAUUGGGUUCGGCUGCGUGCGAGUGUGCGUGCGCUCAGUAACAGCCAGGGACUAAAGCGAGGACUCUGCGCGAGCAGCAAAGCCACCGCUGCGCUGCUGUUGCACGCACAAGACGCGAGGACGCGUGCUGUCGAGAUCACAGCCCUUGCUCUCUCUUGCCUCGAGAGAAGACGUCUGAUUUGUUAACCGAGCUUUAUUCACUCACGUUGGGGAUUGCAAUGGAUGUUCUACCGAUGUGCAGUAUUUUCCAGGAGCUUCAGAUCGUACACGACACUGGCUAUUUUUCCGCUUUGCCAUCGCUUGAAGAAUAUUGGCAACAGACAUGUUUGGAGCUGGAGCGCUACCUGCAGAGCGAGCCCUACGUCUCGGCAUCGGACCUCAAGUUUGACAGUCAGGAGGACCUGUGGAACAAGCUGAUCUUGGCGUGCGGGGACCAGGGGGACGCGGACCCCCGUCGCCCCCGCGUCAAGGAGGAGGACAGUCAGGAUGGCCAGGUCCUGGAGACCAACAGCGUCAACUCGGACGCCAGCAGCGAGGCGUCCGACAGCUCCGAGGAGCUCUCGCCCGUCCACAUCUUCGGCUCCAACCCGCUGGGAUCCGUCCUGGCCGAGGCGGGACACCUGGGUUCCUCCAUCAUCGCCACGCCUCCGUCCUCCCCGGAGGCGAUCCAGGACCCCAGCCUCCCGAAGGCGUGGGGCCCCUCACAGACUGAAUUGCACGCGCCCCUUAAGAUCAGGCACGGGGGCACGCCGAAGGGGUCAGACAAAUCGGGCUCAGCCGGGGGAGACGCAUCUCCGGACGGGAGGAGGAGGGUGCACAGAUGCCACUUCAACGGCUGCCGGAAAGUUUAUACAAAGAGUUCCCACCUAAAAGCACAUCAGCGCACUCACACAGGUGAGAAGCCGUACAGGUGUUCAUGGGAAGGCUGUGAGUGGCGUUUUGCGCGCAGCGACGAGCUGACCCGGCACUUCAGGAAGCACACGGGCGCGAAGCCGUUCAAAUGCAGUCACUGUGACAGGUGUUUCUCCAGGUCGGACCACCUGGCCCUGCACAUGAAGAGGCAUCUCUAAGCAGGUGGUGGCCUUGCGCCAUGGGGAUAUCCUGUAUCCUGACCAGCCUCCUGGGUGACGUGCCCUGGUGAGGAGAGGUGUGUGUUCCAGCCAAAGCAUGCCGUUUUGCACCGUAACCUGUGCCUGUGGGAGAGUCGUCCUACCGAGCGGUUAGUGAGGAAGAAAGGAGAACAUGGAAGAGACAAAAUCACGUGCGAAAAGGAGAAGAAUGAAGGACAAAAAAAAAAAAAAAGAAAAAAUGUACUUGCAAACAAAACAUAAAGAAUGAAUGAAUGACUGUGCAGAAUGGUGCAUGACUCUGGGACAGCUCCUGGUACUUAUUAAAAAGCCGUACUGAGGUGAUCGCGAGCUCUGCCAAUGUGAGGGAGACUGACGCGUGUGUGUGAGCUUAUCGGAGGGUUCGGCAGGGUGGGGUGG